AUGACUUCAGAGAUCGAACGAAAGAGGUCCAUCGACGAACUCGAGGACCUCGAAAAGCCCGUCCAGCACUCCGAAAGAGUCGACAAGGAACUCGCGCAGUAUGUCUCGGAUGUGCGCAUCAACAUCACGCCUGAGCGCAGUGCUCAGCUACGAAAGAUGAUUGACAAAAGGGUUCUGGUCGUCAUGAUCUUUACCUACUUCCUCCAGGCUAUUGACAAGGGGACUUUGUCGUUUGCUUCCAUCAUGGGGUUGACGGCCGAUACAGGGUUGGAGAAUCCUGAUGGGACUGUUUCUCAACAUUUCUCAUGGCUUACAACCUGUAUCUACCUCGCCAUCCUCGUCGUCGAGUACCCGCAGAACUGGCUCAUCUCCCGAGUCCCUAUAGCAAAAUAUCUCUCCUUCUGCAUCGUUGCCUGGGGAGCCUGCCUGGCUUGUCAUGCCGCUUGCAAAGAUUUUACAGGUCUCGUCAUCGUGCGAACACUCCUCGGUAUUUUCGAGUCCGCGUGUCAGCCAUGCUUUGUCAUCCUGUCGGCGAUUUGGUACCGUCGUGAGGAACAAACCUCUCGAGUAACUUAUUGGUAUGCUAUGAACGGUAUGCAGCAAAUCGUUGGUGGUCUUCUCGCCUACUGCUUCUCCCUCAUAAAGUCCGGUCCCCUGCGAUCAUGGCAAUGGCUCUUCCUAACCUACGGCGUGAUAUCCAUCAUCUUCGGCGUCUUCGUCGGCUGGUGGAUGCCCGACUCUCCCAUGCGCGCCAAAUGCUGGUCCGAGCAGGAGAAGCACGAGAUGGUGGAGCGCGUGCGCGAUAACCAGACGGGUAUCCAGAAUAAGACGUUCAAGAAAGAGCAGUUUAUCGAAGGUCUCAAGGAUCCCCAAGUCUGGGGGUACGCUCUGAUCGCGCUGUGCACCACGCUGCCUACAUCUGGGCUUGGAGCUUUUGCGAAUAUCAUUAUCAAGAGUUUUGGGUUCAGUACCCUUGAGACGCAAUUGUUGGCUAUGGUGUUGGGCUUUUAUAUCGUUAUUGUGCUGCUAUCGUCUGCUUGGCUUGUUAAGAAGACGAACCAAAACCUCUUGGUUAUGCUCGGUUUUUGCGUCCCUUCCUUCAUCGGUACAGUCCUCCUCAUGACCCUCCCCAACAAGACCAUGGCCCAACACGUCGGUCUCCUCAUCUCAUACUAUAUCACCCUCUCCUUCUGGUCCGCCCAAACCCUCGCACUCUCCAUGAUCUCCCGAAACAUCGCCGGACAGACCAAGAAGACUGUCGCAGUCGCCACCAACUUCAUCGUCUGGGCGGCUGGUAAUGCCAUCGGCCCUCAAGUCUUUCUAUCCUACGAUGGUCCUCGCUACUUUAUCGCAUUUGCCACCCACCUUGGAUGCUAUGCUCUUCUCGUUGUUGUCAUUGUCACUCUGCGAUGGUAUCUUCGCAGAGAGAACAAGAAGCGCGAUGAGUUGGCGGCGUCAGGUGUUGCGGAGGCCAGUUCGACUUAUACGGGCCAGGCCUGGGAUGAUCUCACGGAUAAGGAGAACUUAAGUUUCCGUUAUGUGUACUAG